AUCGCGAUUGCGCCGGCUCGGCAUAAGAGCCCAUCGGCAUGACUUCAAUCCUCGACCCCACCGCUGUUGCCUAACGGGCGGUUAACAUAGACCUUAAAGCCCACAUCUUCUCCGCAUCUUCCUCUAGAAGAGUCUAGCAUAUCUUGAGAGGACCAUUACUUCUAGUUUUAUCCCCUGUCGUGUCCUGAUAGCUUGGACCUGUUGCAUGUUGUAAUCCUCUCAAAUCAACCAUCACCAUCACCAUCACCUCACUCUCAACGAGAUCAUUGCCAGGUAUCUGACCUCGUCGUUCAGCUCUAUCACGUGACCUUUGCCACAAUGCUUUGUGAUGUUUGUCUCAAAGCAUUUCCUUCAGCCGAGCCUCUCACAUGGACGGCGCCUGAAGAUGCUCCAUUCGACAUGGUCUCUGGCCGCAGGAUUUAUGAAGAAGCACAAUGGGUUCCUCAUCAUCCAACAUUUUUAAGCCUCAAGGCAUCCACAGACUCGGGCUGCUUGAUAUGCAGCGCGUUCUGGAUACUUCAGAGGGCCUCCGACAUUGCCGCGCAGUUAGCUGCUGAGGCAUCCAGUUUCAACAUCAUCAGGCCAGGGACUCGGUUGUUCAUCCACACUUGGAUAGAAGGCGAUAGUGAGCCAACUGUUUGCCAUGAAUAUAAAGUCCACCAUUCGCUUAUGAUGGACCGAUACAAGCCAGAGCAGUCGAACGAGAACGAUGAGGACCGGUGUGGUGAAGGAGUCCACGAAGUAGUUCAGCCAAAAAACGAUAUCCAGUUUAAUUCUCACAUUGAAAUCAGCCUUGAAUCGAAAUCCAAAUUCGAAGCUGAAAAUACAUUGCAAUGUUCUACAAGCCUUGGAUCACCCGAGACAUUUUCAUUGGCUCGACGCUGGAUCCAAGAUUGUGCUGAGCAUCAUCCGGAUUGCGGCUCUCUCUCCACACCCACGUGGUAUCCUACACGCCUUCUCGACUCUGGGCCGUUAGACUCGGAGGAAAAUAUCCUGGUUCGUCUUUGCGAAACUGGCUCUUCUACGUCAAUUACCAAAGGACCAUACAUGACUCUUAGCUACUGUUGGGGCUUAGAAGCUCCCUUCACACUUACAAAGCAGACACAUUCUGCAUUGAUGUCCAGUAUCCUCUUCAGAAACUGCCACAGUGUUUCCGAGAUGCAAUCUGCAUCUGCCGAGGGGUUGGAUGACUGGCAACGGGAAGCCAACCAGAUGCAUCAUAUUUAUUGCAAUUCUCUAUGUACUAUCUCCGCCGCAACGGGUACAGGAAGCUCGUCUCCUAUACUCCGAUUUCGAACAACAGAUACGCUCCGUCAGGACGAAUUGAUAAUCAAUUGGCGAAAUAAAGAUGGCACGACUACCGAAACCACAUAUCAUGUGUAUAGCGACAGGCUUUGGGAGAAGCACGUUGUUCACGCGCCUGUCAAUAGCCGCGCCUGGGUUCUGCAGGAGCGUAUGCUGUCUCCUCGGGUAUUGUACUUCGCAGAAAACCAGACCUUCUGGGACUGCUUCGAGAAGCAAGCAUGUGAGACUUAUCCUCAUGGAUGGGUCGGUCUUAGGAUCUACACCCACGAGGGCAAGAAGUCUUUGCCAUCCAAGGACAACGACGGAAGCAAGCCUAGGAGCCAAACAUCUCUGAGGCAGCUUCACAAGCAAUGGUUCAAGCUUAUGGAGACGUACUCAGAAUGUCGUCUGACGUACCAAACCGACAAGCUGAUUGCAAUUUCAGCCAUUGCGCGCCGAUUCGAGACUUACUUCAACGACGACUACAUGGCAGGUAUGUGGCGACAGUCACUGGAGAACGAUUUGGUCUGGUAUGUUUCAUUCCCAAAGCGUGAGCCGUCACAACCGGCUGUUUACGUUGCUCCUAGCUGGUCAUGGACGUCUACGAAUUCACGUGUGUCUAUGCCUGGCGGGUCUAGGGUAGGAGGAUGGCCUCCAACUAAAAGCGACGAAUGCUUCGCCUCCGUGGAAGAUGUGCAACUUGAUUAUACAUUUAAUGAGAAUCAUCAUGGUUCCCUGCGAGGUGGUCGUCUUCGGCUGAGGGGCAUUCUCCAACGUCUUCAUCUACAGGGUUCUGAGUUUCCCGACGUGAGUGGUCUCAGCCAAAAUGAGAUAAAAUUCAUAUCACAGAAGACGGAUAAGCACGAUGAUAGAGUUUUUAUCAACGACAUACUGCUCGAAACCAACUCGGGCGUUGUCCACUUGGAUCGAGAUCCGAACAGAGGCUUCGAUCAAGAGAACCGCGACGGCGUUCUUUUCUGUAUACUGGUAUACAAGUUUGGGUCAAGUCAUGUGGCGGUACCAUGGAACUUGCUGCUGCUUCAAGUGGUAAAUGCAGAUGAUGGUGUAUUUCGGCGCCUGGGCGUCAUGCAUCUUUCGCGGGGAGAAAACAUGGAGAGAGCGGCUCUGUCAAGACAUGAUGCAGAAGCAAACUUUCCUUGCAUCGAGUAUCGGGAUGGAAGGCAUUCUAUUUGGAUAAUUUGA